CUUCUUUGACUCGUUCCCAGACCCUGCCUCCCGUCCUCCCGUGCUACCCUCUCUCUCUCUCUCUCGCUUCCCGUUUCUGGGGUUUGCCGCUUGGCGAAAUCCCCAGCCUGACAUGCCCGAUUCGUCGUUCCCUGGGUCCAUUUGACACGGUGGCGACAGCGGCGGUGCCUCCGCCUUCCACCAUGGCGGCGUCGACUGCCCCCGUGGUGGACUCGAGAAGGGACGAGCUCGUCGAUCUGAUUCAGAGGUUCGUGGAAUCGCUCGCCGAGGUGUCCGAACGCCUCCCCUUCCAUAUUGAUCGCCAGAAGUUUUGUUCUACCAGGACUCUUGCUGCUCUUGUCAUUGCAAUUGUCUUUGCUUGGAAGCUUUUGAGAUCUCCUUCCAACCAUCAAAGAAGGCGACGCAAAUGGCCAGGACCAUUGCCUGCUCAUGCUAAUGCAAGCUCACGUACGAACAUGAUGGUGCAAUCUUCUGAAGUUUGUACAUCUUCUGGGGACUUAAAAGUGAAAGAUGUAGUUGGUGAAUUUUUCCAGCCAACGAAGCCGACCCUCAGUCAAUCAGUAAGGCAAAAACUAGGUGAGGGAAGGAAGGUCACAUGCCGCUUGCUGGGUGUAAUUCUUGAGGAGACUAGUCCAGAGGAACUCCAGAAGCAUGCAACUGUUAGGUCUUCUGUGCUAGAAGUACUGUUAGAGAUCACAAAAUACUGUGAUCUUUAUCUCAUGGAAAGGAUUCUUGAUGAUGAAAGUGAGGAAAGGGUACUGUCAGCUUUGAAGGAUGCUGGAGUAUUCAUGUCUGGUGGUCUGAUGAGUGAUAAGGUUCUCUUUUGCAGCACUGAGAAUGGGCGCUCAUCUUUUGUGCGACAACUAGAAUCUGAUUGGCAUAUUGAUUCAAAUCCUGAGGUCAUAUUGCACUUGGCUAGGUUCAUCAACUAUGAACUGUAUAUUUCGCCAAACCGGCCUGAAUGUACAACUUCAAAUGGUUUCACCUCGACAAGCUUGGAGCAGUUCUUUGGUGUUUCAUCUUGAGGAUAAUGUAUCACGAUGGAGUGAUUUUACUGUUGCAUGAAAGCUUGCCUUUGAGGAUUGAGAAAAAGCCCUGAGGUUGUACUAAGGAGGUCAAAGCCGUUAUUAACAAGUUGGCUUUGGGCUCAGGCUUGCUUUCCUGAAGAAGUUCGAUUCAGGCUCAAACCAGGUUUUGCUAAGACCCUAUUAGCAGCAGUAUUCAAGCUAGGAUUUCCAGACAUCAGCUUGACUACUACUUACCAUGUUUCUCAGAGUAAUUUCGGGUGGACUGCAUUUGAAAUUUUAUUUUUCAGUGCCAUGUUCUACGUAGCUAUGUUUGCUGCAUUAUGCUUUUUUCUUCUUGCAUUGAAAACUCUCUUUACAUUUAGUUCUAAUAGUUAAUGUAAAUGAACCACAAAUUGAUGCGAAAAUAUCAUGCUCUGAUACCAAAAUAAAGUGGACAUUGGGUUUAAAAGAAGAGAGAGGAAGAAAGAAAUGUGAAAAACUACCUUCAAAGCUUCGAGUUUUUAUGGAACCAAAUGUUUGCUUAUCCAUAUGUGGACCUUCCA